CGGGAGCGAGCGAGAGCAGCAUGAGUGCAUAGAAGAAUCAGCCGCUAGAGAAGAGAAAGGAGGAGAAGAGCAGAGAGAAUGUGUGGUAAAAGGCUGGCGCUUCCUCGCUUGUAUCCAGGGCCUUUGUGAACAAACCAUGGGAUGUAUCGGCUCUCGAACCCUCACAGCAGAUGGAGUUCCCGUGCAGAAGGAUGGGGAACAGCAUGGCCGAACAGACUUUUCAUGGGAUGGAAUCAAUUUGUCCAUGGAGGACACAACUUCAAUCCUUCCUCGACUGAAGAAAAGGAACUCCAAUGCCUAUGGAAUCGGCGCUCUGGCUAAGUCUUCUCUGACAGGUGUGUCAGGAGUGUCUCGGUCUAUGAAGGACAAGGUGACGAAGCCAACGGCGAUGGCUCAGGGUCGUGUGGCUCACAUGAUCGAGUGGCAAAGCUGGGGGAUGCAGACGGUGGGUGGAGGGGGCACUGGAGCGGCACGCACCUCCAGCCUGAACCUCCAACGUGAACGCAAACUGGAGAACGACGCUUACAGCGACCUCAGUGAUGGAGAGAAAGAGGCCCGAUUUGCUGCAGGUGUGCUUCAGCAGUUUGCGAUCUCUGAAGCGACGCUGCUGGCCUGGACUUCUAUGGAUGGAGAGAGCAUGAGCGUCGGAUCCAACCAGGGGAGCGUAGCCCACCUAAGCGAGGCCAACCAAGAAAGCAUCACCAGCCGAGAUCAGAUAAUACAUCAUUCAUCUGCAGAGGUGUGGCCCCACAGUUACGUCUCGCAGGGUAUGUACUGCCUUUCCUCCUCUGAUGCUUGGGAGCCAAUCAGCAACGAGCAGUCGGGCGUGGCCUCUCCCGCCACUGGCUCGUACGGGAUGGGGGUGGGCAACGAGGGCGGAUACGAUCCGAAUACGGCGACUCACUUCCUGUCGCAGCAGCAGCAGCAGCAGUAUCAGUUACAGCAUAUCCAGCAACUGCACCAGAUCCAGCAAUACCAGCAGCAGCAGCUGCUGCAGUAUCAACAGCAGCAACAGAUGAUGGAGCAAAGACUACAGAGUGCCACCCAUUCUUUACAGGCUACACCCAACAGCACCAUUCACAGUCUGCCUCCCCUUACUCAUCCCCCAUUGGUGGAUUUGUGGGGACCGGGGCAGACCGAGACCUAUCAGGCAGAUAUGGUUGGUUAUGGGGGGAUGCCUGCGGCAGCAGAGGGAGCUGUAACGGAGGAAAUGACCACAGACCACUCACCUUUAUUGGAAGCACAGGAGGAGGAGGAGGAGAUCAAGGAUGAUGACGUAACGUUAUAUAUGGAACCAGAACCAGUGACAUUAACUCCAUCUCCAGUGACACAGAGAGAGGAAGUGACCUCAACAGCAGGAAGCAGUCCGUGUCAAACCCCCGGAGAACCAAUCACAGAGCGAAAGCCUUCUGAUGUCUCUCCAUCUGUCAUUGAAGAGCUGGAAGAGAAGGAGAAGUUAAAAUCCUCACCUGUGGACGUCAUGGCAGCCAAUUGAAUGGCAGGAGUGUAACUCGAGCUGAUUUUGACAGACAUUUCAAUUGGCUCCACAAUUGGAUGGAAUUCAAGUUGGUGGUCGAACCCAAAUCGGAAAUGCAGCGAAGGUUAACGCACAGCUUACGCGAACACUGUUAUGUUUUGUAAGCCUUAUAUUACGGAUGUUUAAAGGUGGAAGGCAGAAAUUCUUGGAAGGAGGAAAUAAUAGAGGAUCAUCCAGGAGUGAUCGAGAUGGAAUAUGAAGUACAUUUAGUUUAACGUGUGCAUGCUUUUACAAAGAGUGCUAUACUCAAAAUAAAGACAGUAAACUAUAGUAAUAAAAAAUCAUAAAAAAAUAUGGUCAUUUUCUAAUAAAACAUCAAAACAAAAUAUAUAACUGUAAAAAACAAGCAUUUUUAGCCUAUACUCUUCAGACUUGCACAUAUUCUGUGUCUGCAAUUUCAGUUCCCACAUAAACACAGUAAGAAACAAACGACAUGUCCAGUGUGAUUUAACACUAUAGACGAGUUCAUCCCGCGCAUACGUGUUUUCAUGGUUACGCGCCUGGCCCGAAGUUAACUUACGGUCGGUGUUUGUUUAUUAGUCUGGCUGAUAUGAUUUGAACUUAAAGGUCAUUUACUUGUUAUUUAUUUUUCUUAUUAUCAGAAAUGUACCGAGCCCCUAAGGUGACAUUGGAGUAAAAAAAAUCUAAAGUUUAGUUUCAUGUGCUCAUGUGAAACUUUCAUGUGCUCACGCGAAACCUUC